AGAUACAAUGGACGGAGUCACAUUCAUAGCCUCUGUCAACGCUGUUAAUUAUGCUCGAGGAACUACAUGUGUCCUAUAUAAUUCUUGGACUUAUUUCCUGGGUUUGAGUACCGCCUUGGUCAAGUAAAAUGUCAUUUGUGACGGUCCAGUGCAUGGGGACGCGUGACGUCACCUGUGAAUGACCGUAGCAAGGACUUGGUACUGAGAGGCGUCCUGAUAUACUGCGGACUGUUUAAGUUAUAUAGUUUUGAAUUAAGAUAGAAGGACCUGGAGCUUGAACAUAUGUAACAGUACAAGGGACAACUGAAGAAAAAUGGAGCUUCCCAAAAUGGACAAUAGUAAAAUACACUGUGAAGAAGAAAAUAAUCCCAGUAAAAUUUUGUGAAAGCAGUGAAGAUCGACACCCUAGAAUACAUAUGUCACUAUGGAUUUGUGGAUGCUUGCGAAGAUAUUAAUCCUGUCAUUCAGCUCACUUCAUUUGGCUGGAGACGUUUAUUGGGUGAGCCAACGACUUGGAAUAACCACUUUGGAAAUCUCGGCUAUCAGUGGGAUAUUUUCUGGAUUUGGGAUCAUGAUCCGCGGCCAGACACAGUUAGCCAAUCAGAACGAAGACAGCGGUGACGUAGAGCAGUCACAUCAUGGUCUACCAAAGUACAGUUUAGUCAAGUACACAGGGACUGAGCAACAAGAUGCCAUCAAUAGUAAUCGACCUCUAGAACGGCUGCGGCUCUCCAAAGUAUUGACACUAGUGAUUCUGACGGUGAUACUCAUCAGAUGCUUAAUAUGUCGAAGGAGGGACAGAAAAACAGCAAGGUGGAUCUCGGUUUUUCCUUGCACACGAUUGACGAACAAAUAGGGUCAAAGACAUGCACGUGUACGUUACUAGUAUAUUGAACUUCUGUAUCGUCGACAUGAAAUUAUCAACACAACAUAAUACACACACAGAAUACAGAACCACAGGAGAGAGAGAGCGAGAGGCAUGAAUGCUUUGUCGAAUCUGAAGUCCACAUAUGUGAAAUCAUGCAACUUUCAUUUUGGUGUUAAUUCUCUUUGAAGGAGAGAGACGCGUGGGAUAAUUAUUUAUCACGAGAUUGUCAUGAAAAGAGUUAUGAGGAAACACAUGUACACUCAAAUUACUUCCUUAGUGGAGGGUAUGUGGGAUUUUUAAUUUUGACUUUGAAAUCAAACUAAAGCUGAUAACGAAGCAGCGCGCCGGUUUGAUUAGAACGCGGAUGUGCAGAAAGAAAACGCAGAUAAACCCCGCUUGUCGCGACGCCUGUUCAUAUCUAACCAAAUAAAAUA